ACACGAGCACUUCUCCACCGGAAGAAAUGGGGAGGCAGGCGUGGGUGUUCUGUCGCCAACAGAUGCGCCGAGCAAUCGCUGAUAACAUAAGGAACGGGGUGUCGCGGAUGCGUGUGGGGAGCGAUGUCGAUGCGGACGACACUCGGAGGACGAGUGGUGAAGAAUCUCCAGAUUCCCAUUACGAGGAGGAACCCGAAGAUGCGGAAGACUUGGAGAUUCGACCCGUUGGCGUGCGUGGUGGAAGGAGGGGUGGCUGCGGACGUCAACAUAAGGCCGCGUCACGUGGUGGUCGAGGAUCGAAGGGUCCUGUGGGCGAGAAGGGUGGCAAACAUCCACCUUGGAGUAUUGAAGUGAUGAUCAAGCUCGCUCGAGCGAAGCGGGACCAGCAAGCUCAUUUCGAAGGAAUGCCGCACAACUACGGGCGCAUGCGCAACAUGGAAUGGAAGUUGCAGGACCUGCAGAAGCGUCUGGUGGAGGUGGGUGUGAAGAGGACGACCGACGACAUCGGCAAGAAGUGGGAUAACCUCUUCCAUCAGUAUAAGAAGGUGCAACGAUACCAGAACGCGUCCGGGGGGAAGAACUUCUUCAUCUUGACGCCUGCGUUGAGAACAAAAGAGGGAUUCGACUUCCGAAUGGAUAAGCGAGUGUACCUUGAGAUUGACAACAUGUCUCAAGGCAAUAAGACCAUCUACCCUAGUAACCUCGCCGACACGAGUGCCCGGGGAGGAAUGGUGGUGGACUUGGACUUGCGCAUCACGGACGUUUUCGUCGGUUAUCCAGGGAGCUGCCAUGACAUUCGCAUACUUCAGCUUUCCAGUCUGUGGGCGCGUGCGGAGGAGGGGGAUCUUUUCUGUGGACCUGCUGUGGUGCUGCCAUUCGGAGUGAAGAGACACAGGUACAUUCUCGGCAAUAAUGGCUAUCCUCCUCUAGAGUGGAUCAUCGUGCCUUACGGGGGGACCGAUCAAUACGCCGACGAAGAGAGGUUCGACAACAAGCAGAAGGUCGCCAGAGGAGCAGUGGAGAAAGCUUUCGGGAGAUUGAAGGGGAUGUGGAGGUUGUUCCUCUGCACACACCAGACGAAUAUGGACACUUUCCCGCAACAGUUCCAAGUCGUGUGCAUUUUGCACAACAUCCUCCUCGAUGCUGGCAUGGACUUCGACGAGAACUUGUUGUGGGAGGUGGACGCGCGCCGACGCGUGGAUUUGGGGUUGGAUCACCCACCCCACUCCAUCGCGGAAAACUUUAAUCGGUCUCGUGCGCUGGCGUUGCGUGAAGCGUUGGCGGAGCGCAUGAAGCACGAGUGAACGCGCAAACUCCCUCGACGCCGAUAGCUACGACAUCG